CUCGGUGUGAGACUGUCGGGUGUCUGAGCGUCUCCGAGGAGGGCGCGAGAGGACUGGCCAUGUUGGCCCCCCUUUCUGGCUGCCGCGGGCUGGGUCCGCUCCGAGUCUGGGCGCUCGAGGCGGUCAGGCGCUGGCCGCGUCAGGCUGGCCGGUGCCGGCUGUCUGGCUCCGCACGCCGGACCCUGCGGGAGUGGACCGUGCCGGUGAGCCCCUUUGGGCAGCUGCGGGCGCGACUGCCGUGCCACCUGGCGCUCCGACCGCUGGACCCACUGGCCUGCCCCGACGGGGCGCGCGUGCUGGUGGCCGUGACCGGCGCGGAGGGCGCGCCCGGGGGCGCGGGCAGCCUGCAAGUGACGUACGACGAGGCGCGGAAGGAGGUGAGCAUCGUGUCGGACACCAUCCACCCGCAGGCCUCCGUGGAGGUGAACGUGCCUGUCAAGUUCGAUUUGAAUAUCAAGUCAUCAGGAUCUGGCUCUGUAAAAGUCAAUAAUGUUGAGUGUGAUAAUUGCAAAAUUGAAACUGAGCAGGGAACCAGCAUCUUACAGUCGGUUAAGAGUCAAAAAUUGCAUGUUCAGUCAAAGGGUGGUGAAGUGAUCUGCCUUGGAACAGUUUAUGGAAAUAUAGAUAUACAUGCUUCAGAUAAAAGUACUGUGACUGUAGAUAAACUGCAGGGAAGUUCUGUUAAUAUAUCUACUGAAGAUGGUUUGCUGAAAGCCAAGUAUCUUUAUACAGAAUCAUCAUUUCUAUCUUCUGCCACUGGGGAUAUUUCACUAGGAAGUGUUCAUGGUGAUAUAACAUUAAAAAGCAUCCUGGGUAACAUCACAGUAGAUUCCUCCUCUGGAUGUCUAAAUGCCUUAACUGAUCAGGGUGCCAUAGAUGUCUAUAUCAGCCAACUGGGGAAAGUAGACUUGAAAUCUCAUCAAGGCUCUGUUCUUGUCAAGGUCACACCUUCUCUUCAAGCUCAUGUACGGUUAUCAGGGAAAGAGAUUGAUGUGAACUCUGAAGUCCCUAUUCAAGAAAUGAAUGAAGCUCAUCAAGAUGAUAUUGUAACAAUUACUGGGCUAAUAAAUCAAGCAAGUACACCUGAAAAAUGGAUUAAGGCUGAUGCCCCAAAAGGCCAUGUAAGAGUCACAAGUCAAAACUGGUUUCAAUCCAUGAAACUGCGGGACUAAGAAUGGUUUGAAUUGUACUUACAAUUUUAAACAAUAAUUAGCAGAUCUGUAGUAGAGAAAACAUUCAAAUUUUAUAUAAAUCCUGAAAAAAAUACUG